AAAAAGUUCAGUGGCCUGCUUCAGUUUCGAUUCCUCUUGGCUGCUGGGUUCCCGGAAAUGGAGAGAGGAGGGAGCAGCCCUGAUCUUGUUGCCAGAGGGAGCCAGGAGGAAUCUCUCUCAUUGAGGAAUCGAGUCGAAAGCUCUGUGUCCCAGCUUGCCUUCUUCCCCAUGGAUAAACUGCAGCGGGACAUGCAAAGAUACCUGAAAGAUCUGAAGGAGGGGAUCAAGGGGCUUCUGGUCACCAAGCCAUGGAAGAAGACCCAUUUUUUGUGUGCAGUUGUCAUCGUCCUCCAAAUUAUUCUGUGGAUCGUUAUGUUCCUUUCGGAACAACCGCAAGCAGAUUUGAAGCGGGACAUCGAAUGCGACCGAGCCCAACUGCUGGCCGAGGUGGCAUCUCUCAAGAAACAACUGGGAGCCAUGGAAAAGGAGGUGGAGAAAGAGAAAAGGGAGAGAGACAGGCAACUGGCUGCUCAAAACCAGAUCCUCAGGAAGACCAAGUUGGCUUUGGAGAAAGCGACUAAGGGCAGCGAUGUUCUACAGGCCGACCUGGCGGCUGCCAACCAGAACCUCAGCGAGACGGAACAGCGCUGGAAGUCCUGCCAAGCACAACUGGACAGCACAAAAGGAAAAGCCGCGUCUCUGGAGAAGGAAAGGAACAAUCUACAGCAGGAGAACCAGAGGCUCCGAGGGACAAUUGAUGACCUUAGGAAGCAGCUCUCCAGUCGAGAAAGAGAUUUGGAGUAUGUCAGGAAUAACCAGCAAUGGUUCCAAAACCAGGCGGCUAAGAAACAGCAGAAUCACCAGCUGCAGAAUGUCGGCGUUGACAUGACCAAGAUAGCUGCUGGGUUUUUCCUCCUCCUACUCCUAUUCCUCCUCCUAGCCUGCAUUUCUGCCUGUGUCAGUGAAGUGAAGUUGCUAUGGCAGAGAUGGAUAUUUGAAGCGUAAAAAGUGACUUCUUUGGGAAACCAAGCAUGAUCCAGUCCCCUCAAAUAAAAAAAAAGGUGCAAAGCUUUGUUUGCAGAACUCUUCAGAAAGAAGAACAUAAACAUCAGAGAUGCAUGCAAAAAAAAUAUAUUGCGCUGCCCGGUGCAGGCUCCGCAUCUUAGAAAUAAAAGAUGUCUCCAAAAAGAAAAACCCAACGGUUCUGCUGUUACAGUCAGAGAAAAGCCAGCAAUCUGCCACGAGGCACCGAGGUUGCAGGUUCGAUAUCCGUAGGUGAAAGCUGCGUAUUCCUGCUUUGCGGGGGUUGCACUGAAUUACCCUCAGGGCCCCUUCCAAGCUACAGAGAACCAGAGUUAGGGUUAGGGUUAGAAGUAGGGCUCGGUUUAGGGUUAGGGUUGAGUUGGGGUUGGGUUGGGUUAGGGCUGUGUUAGGGUAAGCGUUAGCAUUAAAUUCAGGGUCAGGGUCAGGGUUAGGGUUAGUGAUAAGGUUAGGGUUAGGGUUAGGGUUAAGUGUUAGGGUUGGGUUGGGUGAAUGCAGCCCAAUUGCCUUCUAAAUCUGGCCCACGGAGAGUCCGAGAAUCAUUGUGUUUUUACAUGAGUAGAAUGUGCCCUUUUAUUUAAAAUGCACCUCUGGGUUAUUUGUGGGGCAUAGGAAUUCGUUCAUUCCCCCCCCCCACACACACACAAGGUCUGAGGGACAGUGGACUGGUCCCUUGCUGAAAAAGUUGGUUGACCCCUGGGUUAGAGUUAAGGUUAAGGUUAAGGUUAAGGUUAGGGUCAUGUUUAGGGUUCUGUUAGCGUUAGGGUGCCGCUGUGGUCUAAACCACUGAGGCUAGGGCUUGUUGAUCAGAAGGUCGGCGGUUCGAAUCCCUACGACGGGGUGAGCUCCUGUUGCUUGGUCCCUGCUCCUGCCAACCUAGCAGUUCGAAAGCACAUCAAAGUGCAAGCAGAUAAAUAGGUACCGCUCUGGCGGGAAGGUAAACAGCGUUUCUGUGUGCUGAUCUGGUUUCGUCAGAAGAGGCUUAGUCAUGCUGGCCACACGACCCGGAAGCUGUCUGCGGACAAACGCUGGCUCCCUUGGCCUGUAGAGCGAGAUGAGCGCUGCAACCCCAGAGUCGUCUGUGACUGGACCUAACGGUCAGGGCUACCUUUACCUUUAGCGUUAGGGUUAGGGUUGGGUUAGGGUUAGGGCCUUCUCGGUAGUGGCGCCCACGCUAUGGAAUGCCCUCCCAUCCGAUGUCAAGGAGAUGAGUAACUCGACAACUUUUUGAAGACAUCUAAAGGCAUCAGGAUUUUUUUUAAAUGUUGGAAGCAGCCCAGUGGGGCUGGGGAGACCCAGUCAGGUGAGAGGGGUACAAUUAUUAUUCUUAGUACUAAUAUUAUUGUUAUUGUUUAUUAUCUCUAGGAAUCUAAUUCAAUGCACUAGUUCCUAUCCUUUCUCGUGGCACUGAAAAAAUAAAUAAACAUCUUGUUUGCACCUCGCUAUCUGUGUCCUUAUAUAUGCCAAAUGCAAACUAGGAGCUAUACUGUCUAAAACAUUCGCUGGAGAAGCAGAAAUCCCAAAGGAAGAACGGAUACAAUAGCUUACCGAAUAUGCAGAAGUGAUGAAACUUACCGGAAGAAUAAGGAAUCAAGAUAACAAACUUUUUUUUAUGUAAAAGAAUGGAAAUGGUUUAUUGAAUAUUUACAGAUUAAUUGUAAACCGGUGAAAACACUGGCAGGAUUGUUGUAAUAACCUGCAGUUUUAUAAGAGUAUAUAUUUAAGGUAGAUGAAUAAAUGAGCAAAUUAAGUUAAUUAGGAUAUACAGAAAAUAUUAAAAAUUAAUUUAAGGAACUGCAGAAAGAGGGCGAAGGGAGUUGAGUUUUGAAACGGUUAAAAUGAUUGUAAUGUGAGUGAAAUGUAU